CAAUGCAAGCGCCGCGCUCCGCCAUCCACCGCCCCCGCCCGCGCCGACCAAUGGGGUGCGCCGGGAGGCGUGGCUUAGCGGCGCUCACACCCUCCCCCUGGGCUUAUUGAGAGUUAUAUCAAGAAUUUCAGUUCAGAGAGAGGAGAGAAGGCGAGAGCGUGUGCGGGAGAGAGGCUGGGAGGGAGGAGGGGGCGCGCCGUCGCUGCCUCCCGUCACUAAAGCAAUAACCUCUUAGGAUUUUAAAUUUUCUUAAUUUUUUUUUUUAAUUAUUUUUUUCUGUGUUUUGUUUUUUUUUUUUUGUGUUGGGCCACUGUCACCCCAGAGAUAAAAGAGGGAGAGGGAAGCACCGCCAGACCAACUCUUGCCAUUUCCAGUAAGAAGUUGCAGACUUCAUGUAGCCGUCUCUGCUCUGCUGAGAGAGGGAUGGAAAUUGUGUGCAGUGCAGAGUGGAAAAUACCCCCGGUCUAAAGAAGUGCACCACCGGAUUUUUCUUUUUUUUCUUUUUUUUUUUUUUUUCUUUUUUGCCUGCCGUUUGUUUGGGUUGUUGCGUGCACGUUAAACACCCGAAGGAUCGCCGCUUGAUAGAAAUGAAACGUGGAGAGGAUGACUAACGACAGAACUGUGAAUUUGUUCCCUGGAGUUGCUAAUUUGCCACCCUGAAGCAACACAUAUCUGAAGGAGGAAACGUUUGGCUGCUGCUGAUUUCUCCAAAAGUGGUGGUUUACCAGAUGCAUUGUGCUGUAUCUGCUGGAAUAGAUCAUUGCUUAGCUGCAGCAGAUCGUCAAAGGUAGACAACCAACUGCUGUCUCCAAAUAAGAAAUGAGAUGUAAUGCAUCCUGCAGUCCAUGCACGCCUCCUCUUGCAAAUCGCGCAUCAUUCCUCUCUGGAAACCUUUAAGUCCUAAAAUCUGGGAAAAGAAAACAUUAUCAUGGACCUGAGGGAUUUUUACCUGUUGGCCGCUUUGAUUGCCUGUUUAAGGCUGGAUUCUGCUGUAGCUCAAGAACUUAUUUACACUAUUAGAGAAGAGCUGCCUGAAAACGUACCCAUAGGGAACAUACCAAAGGACCUGAACAUUUCUCACAUCAAUGCUGCCACGGGGACCAGUGCCAGCCUUGUCUACAGACUGGUGUCUAAAGCAGGGGAUGCCCCUCUGGUCAAAGUGUCCAGCACCACCGGGGAAAUCUUUACGACAUCUAACAGAAUAGACAGAGAAAAACUCUGUGCUGGAGCUUCCUAUGCAGAAGAAAAUGAGUGUUUCUUUGAACUUGAAGUGGUGAUUCUCCCCAAUGACUUUUUUAGGCUUAUCAAAAUAAAAAUCAUUGUAAAGGAUACUAAUGACAAUGCACCUAUGUUUCCAUCCCCCGUCAUCAAUAUCUCCAUCCCAGAAAACACUCUGAUCAACAGCCGCUUUCCAAUCCCAUCAGCAACAGAUCCUGACACAGGUUUCAACGGUGUGCAGCACUACGAGUUGUUGAACGGGCAGAGUGUCUUUGGACUGGAUAUUGUAGAAACUCCAGAAGGAGAGAAAUGGCCUCAGCUGAUCGUGCAGCAGAACUUGGACAGAGAGCAAAAGGACACCUACGUGAUGAAAAUCAAAGUGGAGGAUGGAGGUACCCCGCAGAGGUCCAGCACAGCCAUCCUGCAAGUCACAGUAAGUGAUGUCAAUGAUAACAGGCCAGUGUUUAAAGAGAGUCAAGUAGAGGUUCAUAUACCAGAGAAUGCCCCUGUAGGCACUUCUGUAAUUCAGCUUCAUGCCACAGAUGCAGAUAUAGGAAGCAAUGCAGAAAUCAGAUAUAUUUUUGGUGCCCAAGUCGCCCCUGCAACCAAAAGAUUUUUUGCUUUAAACAACACCACAGGGCUGAUUACGGUUCAGAGGUCCUUAGAUCGAGAAGAGACUGCUGUUCACAAAGUGACAGUGUUGGCUAGUGAUGGUAGCUCUACACCGGCUCGGGCAACUGUUACCAUCAAUGUCACUGAUGUAAACGAUAACCCUCCUAACAUAGACCUCAGGUACAUAAUAAGUCCCAUCAAUGGCACAGUGUACUUAUCUGAGAAAGAUCCCAUCAAUACAAAGAUUGCCCUAAUUACGGUUUCAGAUAAGGACACUGAUGUGAACGGCAAAGUGAUCUGUUUCAUUGAGAGAGAGGUCCCCUUCCACUUGAAGGCGGUUUACGACAACCAGUAUUUGUUAGAGACCUCUUCCUUGUUGGACUAUGAGGGCACCAAAGAAUUCAGCUUUAAAAUUGUUGCUUCUGAUUCUGGCAAGCCCAGUUUGAACCAGACUGCCCUGGUAAGAGUUAAACUGGAGGAUGAAAAUGACAACCCUCCGAUUUUCAGCCAGCCUGUAAUUGAGCUGUCAGUUUCUGAAAACAACCGGCGUGGUCUAUACUUAACAACUAUUAGUGCCACAGAUGAAGACAGUGGGAAAAAUGCAGACAUUGUUUAUCAGCUUGGCCCUAAUGCCUCCUUUUUCGAUCUGGAUCGAAAGACAGGAGUUUUGACAGCCUCCAGAGUUUUUGACAGAGAAGAGCAGGAACGUUUCAUUUUCACUGUUACAGCCCGAGACAAUGGCACCCCUCCUUUGCAGAGUCAAGCAGCUGUAAUUGUUACUGUGUUGGAUGAAAAUGACAACAGUCCCAAAUUCACUCAUAAUCACUUCCAGUUUUUCGUAUCGGAGAACUUACCAAAGUAUAGCACGGUGGGGGUGAUCACGGUGACCGAUGCGGAUGCCGGGGAGAAUAAAGCAGUGACCCUUUCCAUCCUGAAUGACAAUGAAAACUUUGUGCUGGAUCCAUACUCUGGAGUUAUAAAGUCCAAUGUUUCUUUUGACCGAGAACAGCAGAGCUCCUACACCUUUGAUGUUAAGGCAGUGGAUGGAGGGCAACCUCCUCGCUCUUCUACAGCGAAAGUAACCAUAAACGUCAUGGAUGUUAACGACAACAGCCCCGUUGUCAUCUACCCGCCUUCUAAUACUUCUUUUAAGCUAGUGCCACUCUCAGCAAUUCCAGGAUCGGUGGUAGCCGAAGUCUUUGCUGUGGAUAUAGACACCGGAAUGAACGCCGAGCUUAAGUACACGAUUGUAAGCGGAAAUAACAAGGGUUUGUUUCGGAUUGAUCCGGUGACAGGUAAUAUCACUCUGGAAGAAAAACCAACUCCUAAUGAUGUGGGGCUGCAUCGCCUAGUUGUCAACAUAAGUGAUUUGGGUUAUCCCAAAUCCCUGCAUACUCUUGUGCUUGUAUUUUUGUAUGUAAAUGAUACUGCUGGAAAUGCCUCUUAUAUUUAUGACUUGAUACGCAGGACUAUGGAAACGCCUCUGGACCGGAACAUAGGGGACAGUAGCCAGCCCUACCAAAACGAGGACUAUCUCACGAUCAUGAUCGCUAUUGUGGCAGGUGCCAUGGUUGUCAUAGUGGUGAUAUUUGUCACGGUUCUUGUUCGCUGUCGACAUGCAUCCAGAUUCAAAGCCGCCCAGAGGAGCAAGCAAGGUGCUGAGUGGAUGUCUCCUAAUCAGGAGAACAAGCAAAACAAGAAAAAGAAAAGGAAGAAAAGGAAAUCUCCGAAGAGCUCUCUUUUGAACUUUGUGACCAUUGAGGAGUCCAAACCGGAUGAUGCAGUUCAUGAACCUAUCAACGGGACAAUAAGCCUUCCAGCGGAGCUGGAGGAGCAAAGUAUAGGAAGAUUUGACUGGGGCACAGCACCACCAACAACCUUUAAGCCUAACAGUCCUGAUCUGGCCAAGCAUUACAAAUCUGCCUCUCCACAGUCUGCUUUUCAUCUCAAACCUGACACUCCAGUUUCAAUGAAAAAGCACCACGUGAUUCAGGAACUCCCGUUGGACAACACCUUUGUUGGUGGUUGUGACACCCUUUCCAAACGCUCUUCCACUAGUUCAGAUCACUUCAGUGCCUCAGAGUGCAGUUCCCAAGGAGGCUUCAAGACAAAGGGCCCCUUACACACCAGACAGUCCCAGCGCCGUGUUACAUUUCACCUCCCCGAUGGCUCCCAGGAAAGCUGCAGUGACAGUGGUCUGGGAGACCACGAGCCGGUGGGUGGUGGAACCCUGAUCUCACACCCUCUCCCUCUGGUUCAGCCGCAGGACGAAUUCUACGACCAGGCUUCACCGGACAAGAGGACUGAAGCUGAUGGCAACUCUGACCCCAACUCGGAUGGGCCUCUUGGGCCACGAGGAUUAGCUGAAGCUACAGAGAUGUGUACUCAAGAAUGCCUGGUUUUGGGUCACUCAGACAACUGUUGGAUGCCUCCCAGCUUGGGCCCAUACCAACAGCCAAAGUCUCCUCUCUCCACCUUUGCACCUCAGAAAGAAUGGGUUAAGAAGGACAAACUAGUUAAUGGACACACGUUGACCAGGACCUGGAAAGAAGAUAGCAACAGAAACCAGUUCAGUGACCGAAAGCAGUAUGGUUCCAGUGAGGGCCAUUUCAACACUGGCAACCACAUGACUGACAUUCCUCUGGCCAACUUGAAGUCUUAUAAACAGGCCUCAGGAGCUGUUGAGAGUCCAAAGGAGCACCAGCUAUAAGAAAUUGUUACUUUGGACCAAUGACUUUAGCCUACUUAGACUUGCUAAUACUGUGUGUGUGUCAGAGCUUUAUGUACUGGGUAGACCUCUAGAACUAUGCUUCACUUAGCAGAGAUAUGCAUAUCUUUAUGUUAGCACCGUGGAAGGUAUGAUGUCCUGCAACAUGAAAGAGUGUUUCUAAAAGUUGUGUGGUUUUGUUAAAUAGACAUGAUUAAAAUCUGAAGAGAUCUCUCCAGUUUGCAAAUAACUUUUUGUUUGUUUGUUUGUUUUUUGACCCUGGACUGCUGCUAUGAACAACAGAAGAUGCAUUCGGAGAGUGAGAGAGCGAGAAAGUUCAGUGGAUUGCAACGAUUGAAAAGCAUAUCCAGUUAGAAAAUUGUGCUUUUGUUGUCAUUGAUCUAUGCUGGGACCGUUAUACUUGAGAUCAUAUUGCAAACAAAACAACUGAAACUGUAAACAUUAAACCUAUUGUGCUAUUAACAAUGUUAGUGGACACUUAUAAGUCAAUCAGUGUUCAAAUACUUGUAAAUAGAAACAAUUAUUACUUACAAUUUUUGUGUACUUAUAACGUUCACUUGAAAAGAUACUGUAGCAUAUUUCUGUGUUUCACAGUUGCUUUUUUCUUUCUUUUAUUUGCUUCCUGUUGUUUUGCUUUUAUUUCCAGUGAUGGUGUUUCUGUGUUAGUAGUCUGUCUGACACACAAUGUUCCAAGGAAAUCAAAACACUUGUGUUAAAAAGUGAAAAAAGGAGUGAUGGGGGAGGGAAAGUUGGUUGUAGAAUGGAAAAGAAAGAUUUUUUCUUUCUAUGUAGUAGCAAAUGAUGCCAGCAUUCAGGUAGAAUUUCUUCUUUUUUUUUUUUUUUUUUUUGUAUUAAGAAAUGAAAGGACUUGUGUAAGGGCUUAAAAACUUAGCCAAUUUUUUUUAAAACUUCCAUUAUGUUUCAUAAAACAGGGAAACUGUAAAACAAAAUAAGAAUAUUUAAUUUUGUGACAGUGGGUGAGAGGAAAAGCUGUUUGUUUGGAAUCCUUGAACAAAUUAGCUGCAGUCUGUCACUUAAUGAGUGGUAGCUGAAAUUUACCUCAGCUGGAAUAUAUAGAGGAAAUUCUACAAGAGCAAAAUACAAUAAUCAUGUUUUUCCAAUUGGGCAGGUGUGUGUCUAUACCUAAGACAGCUUGUAUUGCUGAAACGGCAGCAUUUGUGUUGAUCUUCAUCUGCGUUAAUGUUGUAGUAACACAAGUGUUUUUAGACCAUAGCCACAGAAUAUUUAAUGUGUUGUGCCUUCAUGAUGUAACAGAGCAUUCUCCUGGUAGGCUAGUUGGGGGAACUAAAGGGUUAAAUCUCUAAUUAUUGCUGUUUAACUGUUUGUUAUCAUAGUUGGUCAGUGCCUGGCAGGUACCAGUAUCAUGUCACCUCAGUCAAACCAGCAGAGUGACUCCUAAUGUUAAUAAGAUCUAAGUUGCACGCAAAGCAAAUCCAAAUCCAAACAUUUUUAGAUGGUUUUUGUUAAGGCAUGACAGAUGAUUUACACAAAUAAAUAGCAUGCAAAAAAAAAAAAAGAAAAAAAGUCCUUACAGAAAAAAGCAAAGUUACUUAUGCCACAGUGAAACAUCAGUCUUAAAGUAACAAAUUUAGCUAAUCUGAAGGUGAUUUUAUUCUUACCAAAAACACAAGGGUUUUUUUCUUCUUUAUUCUUUGUAUAUAGCAGUUCACUCUUUCCCCCCCCCCAUUUUUUUUUCCCCUCCACAGUAUAAAAGGCAUAAAAAUGGGUUAGGGAUGCAUUGCUUAUUGCAGUACUUAUGUCAGUUUGUGAGGGGUGUUUGAUGACUUUGACAGAAUAAAUAUCUAACCAGUUAUCCUUGUUACUGCUUUGCCAGUUCAAACGUUAUUUAGUUAUUCAGCUCUUGCAAUAAAUGUUCUGAAUUCCUGAUUGUGUUGUGUUAGUUCUUGGGCAGAUGCCUAAGGGACUUUAUUCCUGUUAAUUUCUCUUUCUUUCUGUUGUCGUUGGUUGGUUUGUUCCUUUGUUUCAUUCUGAAUUUCCAACUCUUUUUCUAAGCAUCUCAUGGUCCAUUUGAUUCAUAUAGAUAUGUAUAGGAAUGGAAUAUACAAGUGAUAAAUCCUGAGGGCCAUAUUCUGUCAUUCUUAUGGUAAGUAGGAACUUAUGCAGAAUGAAUUAUUUGAAUUGGAUAAAGUACCCAGCACAAAGGUGACAGAAUUUAGCCCAGAUUUGUUAGGCAUACUCAAGCACAUGUACUAAGCAUCCUUGCAUGAGGCUUUGUAACAGUACAGUGGUAGCAUAUAGAAAAGUCAGCACUUACCACACCUCAGUCUUUCUUUUGAGAGUAGAAUGAAGUAAUACCAAAAUACAGUAAAUACUUUCUUAUAAGGAAAUCUUCUGUGGUUAUAUAACCACUUCUGUUGCAGCACAGAAAAAAAUAAUCCCAGCAACCUUGAAAAAGACAUAUCAAUAGAAGUAACCUAUUUUUUAACAUGCUGAGUUUUAAAGCAGAGGUGCCCUGACUUCUAUAUUAAAACCAGAAAUACAAUAAUUAUUUGAAAGCUCAAAUAGCACCAACUAUUUUAAAUUAUAAGUGCCUUUUUAAACAGAAUAUGUUUGAAAAAAAAUUCUAUAAAGGACAGAAAAUAAAUGAUGUGACUAUUGCUACAGAAAGAUAACUACAUUCUAUUCCAACCUUCAAUACUUUAUGCUGCCAUCAACCUGUGCAGGAGGAGCACAAACAAAUACGAUUUAAAUUUCUGGCAGGUGAAAUUUUCUUAUCUCAUUUUCUCAAAUUUUCUUUUGUGUAAUUUUAGUUUCUUAAGGCCUUAGCCAACCUUUAAAUUGUUAUUAGGGAAAAAAAAGGACAGGAAAGAAAGAGAUGAAGGAAGGAAGAGAGGAAGGAAGGAAGAGAGGAAGGAAGAAAGGAAGGAUGAAAGAGAGGAAGGAAGGAAGGAAGAGAGG